AUGCUCCUGAUGAUUUCAAAAAAGGCGAGCAUGGAAAAAAGUCAGAUUUUCUUUAGCUGUGUUAAACCCAAUAUGAGAAGGAUUAUAUUGGGCAUUCUUCCUUUUGAUAUUGGGAAAUUUCCUUUUAAGUAUCUUGGAAUUCCUAUGUGUGUUACUAAGUUAUUUUGCAGAGAUUGUAAACAGCUUGUUGAGAAGAUUAAGAUGAGAAUUCUUAAUUGGAAAAGUAAGGCCUUAUCGUUUGCUGGGAGGUUGCAACUCAUUAAUUCUGUUUUGACUACUAUUCAUGUGUAUUGGGCCUCGAUCUUUAAAAUUCCUAUUGCCACAAUUAGAGAGAUUGAGAAGAUUUGUAGAAGUUACCUGUGGGCGAAUGGUGAGAUAGUCAAAGGGAAAGCUAAAGUCAAGUGGAUUGAUAUUUGUAGGCCUAAAGAUUAUGGUGGGUUAGGGGUGAAGAAUUUAAGGAAAUGGAAUGAUGCCUUGUUAGCUAAACAUGUGUGGAAUGUGAUUAAUAAUAAAAACUCUCUUUAG